GGCCCCGGGGCUUCGCUGAAUCUCCAUCUCCCCUCUGCGCCCCAUUCAUGGCCCAGCGGCCUGGAGGAAGGUGUCCGCCUUUCCCUUACUUCUCCGGUGGCCCAGAGCCGCGGGGCCCCCUCGGCCCAGCGGUGUGUGCCCCGUGGGGGGCUGCCGGUGUUGGGAGCCUGGCUGCUGGGCACCGGCCCAGGGGCACCCCGGCCUUGCUAGGCCAGUGGAGGCUCCUGUGUUACAGGGGUGCCCCGUUUGCCUGCAGGCCUUUCAGAUGAGGCUUCAGAGACUGGUGUUGUGCUCCCUGUACAUUCGAGAGGUACAUUCAGUUCUGCCGGUACCAACGGAGCAGAGCUGGAGGAAGGCAUCAGUUUGCAGAGGGACCCAUGGAUGCUGUGGGUGAUCAGCACUGCUGUCAGGAUAGCCCUCAGGAGAACUCCAGUGCUCUGGACUGAGGAUUUUCACAGAACAGUGCAUCAGGCAGCAUGGAGCACCAGGUGUCCAUCAUGUCUGACUGGGUGCUCCUCGGACUGAUCGCAGCGCUGGUCAUGCUGCUGCUGCUGACCAUCUUUGGUUUCGUUGUCUACUCGGGGCUCUUCACGGAGGUUGUUGUGAGUGCUGGCUCCCCACCUGUCAGCAACAUCACGCUGGCCUACAAGUUCAGGGUGGGCCCGUAUGGCGAAUCCGGGCAGCUCUUCACAGAUGGCUGCAGCAUCUCUUCAAAGCUCUACUCCAUCGGUGUCUACUAUGACAACCCUCACACGGUGUCUCCGGAGAAGUGCCGCUUUGCCAUAGGCCGAAUUCUAAGCGAGGGGGAUGCAAAGCCGUCGGAAGAGCAGGUCAAGCGGUUCCAGAAGUAUGGCUUCAAGAUCUUCUCCUUCCCUGCUCCCAGCCAUGUAGUCAUGGCGACCUUCCCGUUCACCACACCGUUGUCCAUCCAUCUAGCAAUCAAUCGUGUCCACCCAGCCCUUGACACCUACAUCAAGGAGAGGAAGCUGUGUGCCCACCCCCGGAUUGAGAUCUACAAGGAGGACCGCAUCUACUUUGUGUGUCCCCUCGCCCGCCAAGGGGACUUCUAUGUGCCUGAAAUGAAAGAACUGGAGAGGAAGAGCAGGGCUGCUGCAGCUGAGGCUGAGGAUGCCCAGACAGACAUCACAGGGGCUGACACCACGAGUGAGGCGAGCUCUAUCAGCAUAGAGGCAACAACUGACAGCAGGGACACCUCGGUGGCCACCUCCAUCCUGAUGCCCUUCCCAGCCAGCCGUGGCCGGGAGGAGGCAGACAACCGCAGCGAGCACAGCUACAGUGAGUCGGGAGCCAGUGGCUCCUCCUUUGAGGAGCUGGACCUGGAGGUGACCGGGGAUGGGGAGGGAGCCCCAGGCCUGCUGCCCGACAUGGGAUACGCAGGCAACCAAGAGGUCACAGACAAGUGGACCAAGGAACCCAUUGCUGCUGAGAGAGGAGAAGAGUGAAGUGGGGACCUGGCCACUUCACCUCUCACCAGGGUCUGAGUUACUGGCAACCAGUCUCCUUCCCCACCUCCUUCCUCUCCAGCCAAGAGAUUUUGGUUGCUGAUUCCCCUUGGGACCCUCUGUCCCUCUUUGCAGAAAGGGUGUUAGACUGUUUUGGGGUUGCUGGGAGGUGGGAGGGGUCUCCUGAAGCACUCAAUGGUGUGGGGUAGGUGCAGGCUGGGGAGGGGGCAGCAAAAUACCUUUGCUGUUUGUGUGUCUCUAGAUGCAUUGCAAAUUCCUUGCAGGGGUCUCGGGGGGUGGUGGUGGUGGUGAUGGUGGUGAUGGAUGGCAGAGGUGUCCCCCCUCAUCUCUGCUGGUGCCCCUCUCACCGACAGCUUCUCUCUGCCUCACCACCCUGUGUUUUCUAGCACCAAAGAGCCAUGAGUAAGGUCGGUUGGGUUUGUUCCCCUCUUCUCUUCCCCUCGCUGAAAAAUGGAAACGUCCCAUGUAAACUUGCUCCACCUGGCACUGCCACAGGUGCUUUUGGGGUCUGUAAUAAAGUGGAUGCUUUUCCUCACUGGUGGCCGGUGGCAUUGUUGAUGGCCUCUUGGCCAACCGCACCAUCCUGCCCCGUGGUGGGGAGUGGGUUGUGGGUGGGGGCUGUGGGUUGGCUCCCCCCCCCUACCCCUGACUGUGCCAGGGAGCUGCUGGAGGAGUCUGCAUCCCUUCUGCUCACCACUUACUCCCUACCCAGGCAACCCUGUGGGGCAACGGGGAUAACCCCUGGCUUCUGCAGGUUAUGGGGGGAGCGGGGAGGGGACCCAACCAAUCAGAACAGCUGGGCUGGAGGGACGUGGCAUCUCCACUCAUCUUGGGAACCUGGUCAAUGUAAAACCCCUAAAGCCAGGUCCCUGGGCUGCUGGUGGGGCUGGCACUGCUGUGCUUCUCCUGUGGCAGGAGGCACCAGCCUGCCUGCACAGUGCAUGGUUCAGCUGCCUUGGGUGCAGGCAGAGAGGGCUGUCUGUGCUGUCCCAGUUCCCUGUCCCCAGCUGGGGAUGAAGGAGCAGCCUGAACAUCACUGCCCUUGUGCCCUGGGGCAAUGCUGGGUGCCAGAGCAACUCACCCUGCUGGCAGAGCUCAGCAUCUGCUCUGUCCUGCUGCCUCCUUCAGCCCAUUGCUUGUCCCCCAGCAGUCAG